AUGAAUACUACGAGGAAGUCAAAUGGACUAAAUAACAACACCGAAUGUGGAAUUUUUAAUCUAAAAUUUGGAAACGGUAGUGCAGGCUGUGAUGGGUUUAGAGAGUAUUUUUUCCCCCCUAUGCUGUGGAUACCGCACCAAUUGGUUGGUGCACCCUUGGAGCAUUCCGUCACACUGGAAUGCAACACGGAGGCUCAUCCAACUUCUUUGAAUUACUGGACCAGGGAGGACGGCGUAAUGAUCCAGGGGAGUAAUAAGUACAAGAUUACAUCAACGACGGAGAAACUACCCUACAAGACGCGUAUGACGCUGACGAUAUACGAUCUGCAGGAGGAGGAUUACGGAAGCUACAAAUGCGUGGCGAAAAACCCACGUGGAGAGACCGACGGCGUCAUCCACCUGUACAGGUCCCUGCCACCGAGCACCAGCCCCAGUCCGUACACCACGGAGAUGCCGAAGAAAGAUUGGGAGCUGAUGGCCGAAAUGAAUAACUCUGUUUACGGGAAUCCAAGCUCGCUGACGAUUCACAACGAGAAAAGCAUGAAAGCAGGUAAUAAAUUCCAGUCAAACCUCAGCGAGAUCGGCAAGUCCGAGCAAAAAUCGAGCGACCCAGAUAGGAAAAGAAACUACAAUUGGACCCCAGACAGCGACGCAGCCACAAACAUGUCGACGACAGGGCUGCUCCUGAUGGUCGCCCUUAUGGCGACGUCGAUCAUUCGAUAAGCGGAGCUCUGGCAGUGGACGCGUUGAACGUCGGGAUCACCUGUAAUUACGAACUGGAUUGAAACCGCGAGACGCAAAAGAAACGCUAGUUAGAAACCGAUACGACUGCAGGAAACACGGAUAAACAUACACACGACUACACACGCACACACGUAUAUAUAUAUACCACUAAGAAUGAAGGAAGAUUGACUGAGUAGUUAGUGUCGUAUUAAAACCCGGAAGAGGAGGAAGAAUUAAUAAUAAGAAUAAUAAUUACGCGUGCCAAGUCAGUGUAGCGCAGUGUCCAAGAAGAACGAGGUGAGAGGUCGUGCAAUAGGAAACGAAUUUCUACCAGAUUAACCAGUAUGCACGAGACGUGGAAGGUAAGAGGGGGUGGCAAAUCACAAAGUGCAACGACUAUCGCUUUCAGUGUAACAUAUUGUAUAACGCCGUAAUGUCGCCGCAGAGAC